AUGAGUGUUCAUUUGCUUAGUGAAACUGAAACGUUUGAAAUGCAACCUAUUUUCAUUUCAAUACUUCUUGGCAUUUGCUUAUCACCGAUAUACACAUUGGAGUGUUAUUAUUACAAUGAACGUUCUGGUGGAAUUUCUACAACCCACGGUAACGCCUUCUGUACCGCUGUCUUCGAUCUUGACGUGGAAGUAGCUAGUUUUGGAGGAGUGAGCCAUUCUCGAGCUGCAAAGAGCAAAUCCAAUUGGAGUUUUUCGGAGGGGCAAGAUUGUCAGGUGGAUGACACAAAUGAUAAUCAAUUCUAUUUUUGUGUUUGCUUUGAAAAUAACUGCAACUUCCCCCUCAGCAUUACUGAGUUCAAGGAAAGGGGAAGAACUCUUCAAGCAAAACUCUGAAUUAAUUUCGGCAUUUUAGUAGUAAUGAUUGAUAAUGUGUACUACCUCAUUGUAUAUUUAUUUUCACCCUAUUUAUGUCAAUAAACAUUUAAAGCCUUA